AUGUCCAUUUCUAACUGCCACUCCCUGGAAAGAUUGAAGAAUUUACGAAAACAAUUCAAUGGGGAAAUUGGACCUACAUUUUUCUGCCAAUUUUACGACUUGAUCGGCGAUUGGAAGGGCGAACGUCCUAAUCUUCGGGACAUUUGUCAGCCCCGAGAAAUCGAGCUGCUACUCGAGGACUGCAUCAACCAGUACGACGAUGGACGAGCAACGAUCAUCGAGUUCGUGGCUUCGUGCGGCUACAGAGACGAGCCCGAAUUCGACGAAGGCGGCCUGCAGCACCCACAGCAGCUGCGCCGCGCCACGCCGAUACAUUACGUGGCUAAGCAUAGAUCACGCUGCCUAAACUUUCCCAAGAGAGCGCGAUCAGUGAUUAACGAGCUCUUUAAGAUCUAUGAUCGUUUCGACGUCAAUUACACGGACGAGUCGGGUUACUCGCAUUUCCACGCGGCCAUCGGAUUCAACUUUGUCAACGUCGUCAAGAAAUUCCUCGAUCGAGGCCACGAUCCGAAUCUGUGCGUGGAGAAAACAGGCGACUCGCCGCUGUACUUGGCCCUGACCACGGCCAACGUAGAACCGAUCGAGUUGCUCUUGAGAAGCGGCGCCGACCCGAAUCGGGCCAACAAGCACGGAUCGACACCUCUGCACAUCGUGGGUAAUCAUUUUCAGGAUUCUACAUCCAAAGACGUGGCGAGGAUGUUGCUAGAGAUGAGCGACGAAAGAUAUCGGCCGCUGCGACUCAACGCUCGGGACAAGUCGGGGAACACGCCUCUACACCGGGCCGCGAACUGCAGCGCGAGCCACGAGAACUUGAUCGAAUUUCUACUGAGAAACGGCGCCGAUUCGAACAUAGCCAAUGCGGAAGAAAAGCUUCUUGAAAGUCUUCGUCCCAGGGUUUGGGAAGCUUUCAUGGAACCUGUUUGCGACCGGUUUGUCGAAGACAUUUCGUACUUACAGAAAGCUUUCAAGAAAGUAUUUUGGAAGCUCUCUAAACUUUUCUGA